AUGAAGUCGUCCUUCGUGUCUGUUCUCCUCUCCCUUGCCUGCGCUGGCCUGGCUGCUGCUCAUGGCGACCUCCUCAACGAUGGCUGCCGCCCCAUCUCUAAGCGCUCUACUGGCCUUGUAAAGAGGCAGGCAGGCGCUACUGGCGGUGAAGGCCAAACCGUUGCCAACAGUGGUGGCGCUUCUGCUGCUCGAUACAGCUGUGACCCCAACACUUGCCGACUUCCUAAAUGCCACUGCGCCGACACCAAGCCUCCUGGUGGCCUCGACCCCAAGGACGUUCCUCAAUUCAUCGUCUUCACUGCCGAUGAUGCUGUUCAGGAUUACACCAUCAAGUCGAUCGACCAAUUCCUUGCUCAGCGCAAGAACCCCAACGGAUGCCGUCCUCUCAUGUCCUACUUUGUCUCGCUCAACUACACCAAUUAUGCUCAAGUCACCGAGCUUUACGUCAAUGGCAAUGAUGUCGCCGACCACACCAUGACUCACCAAGAACAGCCUGCCACCAACGCCGAGAUUGACGGCAACCUCAUCACUCUUAACGCUCUGGCUGGUAUCCCUUACAAAUCCAUCAUUGGCUACCGUGCACCUUUCCUCAACUACAGCCGUGCCAACCUCGAGCAUUUGGCUGCCACUGGCUUCACCUACGACUCUUCCGCGACCUCCUCGAUACCUGUCACUGAUCCCAACACCGACGCUUUCUGGCCUUACACGCUCGAUAAUGGCAUGGCCAACGACUGCAAUGCGGUCGACAACAUCUGUGGUGGUCAGCCCAAGCUUCCCGGCUUCUGGCAGAUCCCAAUGUAUGCCAUCUUUGACGAGCGUGGAGCUGCCGGUGCUCAUCUCAUGGACCCUUGGCUCGAUGCUCCCAACCCCUCUGACGUGCUCUCUUGGAUGAAGAACACUUUCACCGACCACUACAAUGGGCAGCGUCAGCCUUUCGGUAUCUACACUCACCCCAUCCACCUCGCCACCGGCUAUCCCGGUCUCAAGGACCCCGUCGAUCAGAUCAAAAUGCUCAACGAGUUCCUGGACUGGGCCACCACUUCGGCCAACAUGCAGAACGUCUGGAUCGUCAGCAACAAGCAGCUUCUCGCUUGGAUGCAGAACCCGGUUCCCGCUAGCCAGCUCAACACGCUCGAUGCCUUCAAGUGUCAGACUCCCAACGUCAACCAACGCAUCUGCAACGGUUUCGCUCAGAACAAUAACUUGCUCGAGCACUGCAUCUCCAACACUGCCGGCGAUCCCCUCAACAACUCGCCCUUCUACACAUGCUACGGCUGCCCCACCACCACUCCUUCGCCUCAGCAGCCCAACCCACCUCAGAGCAACAACGACAAGACACUGCGUACGCGCAUUCCCAACAACUGUGACACGCCCUUCUGGGAUCCCAUUGCUGCCAAGUGUCUCUGCAGUGGUUCGCAGUGUGCCUUUGAUGAUGCUACUAGACCCAUCGGUCCUAACGGCGCCAACUUGACUUCGAGCGGCAGUCAGAACACGGGCAGUUCGGCUGGAUCGUCGCCCAGUGCCAGCUCCGACCCGUACAGGAACUUUGGUGGCGCCAAGGCUCAGAUGCCUUCGUCGACCAUGCUUGCUUGUGCCAUGUCGGCGAUGGUCGCGAUUGUAGGCGGCGCCUUGACGGCCUUUGUCUAG